AGAAUAUGAAGUAAAAUGACAUUGUUUACAACACUAAGACGACGAUGUGGAGACUUAGUUAGCAUGCAGCUGGUCAAAGUUUCCUUAUUUGCAGCAUCCAUGUCCCCCUUAAGCUGAAGUGGUGACAUUUGAGUGUUUGAGAUGGCUGGACAUGAUGAAAGAAAUUUCCGAACUUACUACUAUGAAAAGUUUGGCAUCGGAGGAGUGGAUGAAAAGAAAUCGCUGGAAAUUCUUCUGAAAGAACAACCACUUAACAUUGAAAAACUGAGACAGUUUUGUUUACGAUUCCAGGUCCCAGCCAUGUACAGGAUACACUUGUGGAAAGCCAUUUUAGGUAUUACUCCGGCUAACUCUAAAUCAGCAGACUUUGUAAUGAGUCAGCGCCGUCAACAGUAUGAAGAUCUCCGCCAUGCUCUCAUUGUCAUGAGGAGAAUUGACAAUCACACUUCCCCGGGAGAAGUCUACACAAAAAUGUUUCUCCUUCAAACUGGCAUAUUGUCAUUUGAAGAUCAUGAUUUGAAAAAUCCUGAGAAUCAAGCUCUAGUUUCCAUGGGAUCAUCAGUAAGUGGUAUUGUGGAGAAUGAUGUGGAUGGGUACUGGAUUACUACAAGGUUUUAUACACAGUUCAGCAAGUGUAAAGAAUCCCUACAACAACUGCCUGAAAAAACAAUACAGUAUCUGAAAAAGGAGGAUACAGACCAGCGCCUUUUCAACCACCUCAAUAAACAUGAUGUCUGGAGUUGUCUGCCCUUAGUUGACUGGUAUCGGCGGUGCUUCUCCAAUGUCCUUCCUGACACAUCAUUUGAAAGAGUGUGGGAUAAAGUAAUUGGAGGGUCCUGUAGUAUACUCAUCUAUGUAGCGGUGUCAAUAUUCCUAACCUUCAAACGUCCUCUGUUGAGCAUGAACAGCCGAGACGACAUGGUAAACUAUCUACUCAAAAUCCCUGAGGAUAGCGGUGAUGUCCUGGUAAUACAAGCUGUAGACCUGUGGCAGAAGCAUGGAGGGCAUAUGAUACAGACAAAGUCAGACUCACCGAUCUUUGUCGACAGGUCACCAUCUUAACACUAAACUUAUUGUUAACAUUGUCAGUUUGAGGAUAUCAGGACCAGAACUUCACCGUUCUUGCUUAUAUUAAGAUUUUGUCACCACAGAACCCAGAAGGCAGAUAAUAUUGUUAUUCUAUGGAAGGACUAAUGUGCCAGCACUAGUGUUACUCCAACUCUAUACUUGACAUAUGAAGACUUGGUUCAAAGUUGUUAUACUUUUUGUAUUAUAUAUAGCAUUAGUUCAUGUACCAGGUUCAGUUCUGGUCACGAUUAACUUACAAAGCUUGACCCAUUGUUGGAAUAGCAAGUAGUUUUGAUCAAAGAACAAAUUAACAUUUCCAUAGUUUUAAAGUACUUUGAAAGUUUUACAAUUUACUUUUGUACAAAUUUUUCUUUUAUGAAAGAAUAAUUGCAAAAUGUUAAACUUUAUAUACCACAGAUGUUUCAUAUUUCAAAUAGAAAAUCCAACUCUGAGAAACUCAUUAUUACAUUAAACUUAUUGAUAGUAAUGGUGUUAAGUUUGAAGCUGGUGUUACAAGGCAUGCUAAAUGAUUUCAUUAUACCACAUCGGUACAGAGCCUAGUCAAGAAUACAUGUAUCAAAAUGUUGAUUGAAAUAAAAUUGUUGACAAUU